UUUAAAUAAUUUAAGAUCGAAAAUUAUUACGUAAAAAUUUAUUCGGAGAUUCGUUUAUUGCAAACAGAAAUUUUUGUAAAUCGAAAAUGUCUUUUAAUCUAACUGAAGAAAGAUUUGAAUAUUUGGAAAAUUCAAAAUUUUCUGAAGACGAGAGGAAUUCUUCCGAUGUCAAUAAUUUGGAAAAUAUUUUAGAAUCAUCCCCAUCCAGAAUCAAUCAUCAUAACUCGAUGGAUUCACAAGCUAUUGUAGGAGGUGUUAAAUUCAAGUUCACAAAAAGAGCGGAAAGUGGAGAUAGCGAAAUUGAAUCCUCUGAAGUUAGGAAAAAAGUCAUCUGUAGCUUAAGUUCCUUAAUAGAAAUGAUUGGUGAGACCUUAUCUUCCAAAGAUAUGGAUGAGAUCAUUCAAGAGUUUGAUCAUCGCGAUGGAAAUGUAGACAUACAGAAACUUCUUUUAAUAUUGGAAAAAUUGAAUGAAGAAGAUGAACAAAGUUCAGAUGAUAACAGAUCAUCCUUGGACAAUGUCGAAGAGUUACGAAGAAGAAUGAAAUGUUUAGGAAUAAUAACUAAAAUAUUAGGAAAGAAUAUAACAGAAGAAGAUCUUCAAGACAUGUUAGCAGAGGAUUUAGAUUUUCAAGAAAAAUCGGGAACGAUCGAUUUUGCUAGGCUCUUGACAUUGAUGGAAGAAAAGAUGACAGAUUUUACAUCAAGUGAUAACAGCUGCGGAGAGAUUGCAGAAUUAGACAAAGAUAAGAUCUCGCUGACGGAGAUACACAACGUUAUGAUUUCGUUAGGAAAUGUGAUGAUUAACUUAGGUCAAAAUAUCUCUGAUGACGAAUUUUGGAACAUGUUAAAGAAGGAAACAUCAGGGGAAGAUUUCGAUUUCCCUCAACUUCUGGUUAACACGAUGGAGAAGGAGAUGAUUGAUAGAGACGAUGAUUCCGAUAUUAUCAAGGAUUUUCGCGUUUUCGAUCCUCGGGGGACUGGUUACGUAUACGUUGACGAAAUUCGUAAAGUGAUGAUGAAUUUCGGAGAUAAACUCAGUGAAGAAGAAAUGGAGGAAUUUCUCAAAGAUGUAGAAAUUGAUGGGCGUGGUCAGUUCAAUUACGUGGAUUUCGUCACUAAAAUAACUUCAAAGCAAAAAGAAAGAUUGUAAUCUAUGAUUUUGCUUUCGGUUCUAAAUUAAUUCAAAAUUAUUCUUAUUAUUCCUCA